GCUGACUCAGUUUCACCAGAAACCUAAGAGAGGAGGUGGCCGCUCUCCAGCGCACCGGACACUGGGGCGGAAGCGCGGGCCGGAGCCGCGCAGGCAGCCGGGACCGGAACCUCGGCCGGCCCGGCCCCACCCCACUCACCUGCGCAGAUCGCCAGCUCCCUCGGAGCCCAGAGGCAGGCACUGUGAAGGUGACCCCCCUGGGGAGGAGGGCGACGGCCCCUCUGCGGACGAUGGCCGGCGCUCGCCUCGCCCAGGCCCGCAUCUCCGCCACCACCGCCGUCCUAUGGCUCCUGUGCGCGCUCGGCUGCCGGAGCACCGAGGCCGGGCCGCCGCCCGCGCCCCCCGGGCCGCCCGCGGGAGCCGCCUGCCUGGACCAGUUUACCGCCGGGGUGCCUGCCUUUGUGCUCGACACCGAGGCCUCGGUCAGCAACGGGGCCACCUUCCUGGGCUCUCCCGCCGUGCGCCGCGGGUGGGACUGCGUGCGGGCCUGCUGCACCACCCAGGACUGCAACCUGGCGCUGGUGGAGCUGCAGCCCGACGUCGGGGAGGACGCGGUCGCUGCCUGCUUCCUCCUCAACUGCCUCUAUGAGCAGAACUUCGUGUGCAAGUUCGCGCGCCGGGAGGGCUUCAUCAACUACCUCACGCGGGAAGUUUACCGCUCUUACCGGGAGCUGCGGACCCGGAGCUUUGGAGGGUCCCAGAUCCCCAAGGCCUGGGCGGGCAUGGACUUGAAGGUACAACCCCAGGAACCCCUGGUGCUGAAGGAUGUGGAGAACUCGGUUUGGCACCUACUGCAGGGUGACCCGGACAUCAGGGUGGAGAGGAAAGAUCCGGACCAGGUGGAGCUGUGGGGGCUCAAGGAAGGCACCUACCUGUUCCAGCGGACAGUGGACCCAGACCAGCCGGAGAACACUGCCAACAUCACGCUCACUGUGCUGUCCGCCAAGCAGACAGAAGACUAUUGCCUCGCAUCCUGCAAGGUGGGCCGCUGCAGGGGUUCCUUCCCCCGCUGGUACUACGACCCCACAGAACAGAUCUGCAAGAGUUUCACUUAUGGAGGCUGCUUGGGCAACAAGAACAACUACCUUCGGGAAGAAGAGUGCAAGCUAGCCUGCAAAGACGUGCAAGGCGGGACUUUGAGAGGCCCCUCAGUGGAAAGACAACAUCCAGUGUGCUCCGGCACCUGCCAGUCCACCCAGUUCCGCUGCAGCAAUGGCUGCUGCAUCGACAGCUUCCUGGAAUGUGACGACACCCCCGACUGCCCCGAUGCCUCCGACGAGGCCAGCUGUGACAAAUACACCAGCGGCUUCGAAGAGCUCCAGAGCAUCCAUCUCCCCAGUGACAAGGGACACUGCGUGGACCUGCCAGACACGGGUCUCUGCCAGGAGAGCAUCCCGCGCUGGUACUACAACCCCUUCAGCGAGCACUGCGCCCGCUUUACCUAUGGCGGUUGUCAUGGCAACAAGAACAACUUUGAAGAGGAGCAGCAGUGCCUUGAGUCCUGUCGUGGCAUCUCCAAGAAGGAUGUGUUUGGCCUGCGGCGGGAAAACCCCAUUCCCAGUGUAGGCUCCAUGGAGGUGGCCAUCGCAGUGCUCCUGGUCACCUGCAUCGUGGUGGUGGUGGCCCUCCUGGGCUACUUCUUCUUCAAGAACCAGAGGAAGGACUUCCACAGCCACCACCACCACCCGGCCCCCACCCCCGCCAGCUCCACAGUCUCCACCACCGAGGACACGGAGCAUCUGGUCUAUAACCACACGACCCGACCCUUCUGAGCCAGGAGUUGCCUCGCCCUUCAGCCUGGGGCUCUUGCCUGCCCCCCCUGCUUCCUAUUUGCCAAGACAGAGGCCUGGGCUGGGGAAAACUUUGGGACCAGACUCAUCCUGCCUGUCCCCCAGGCCCACUCUGCCUCAGAGGCCAGUGUUCCAGAACCUCCUGGAAGCGGCUCAGCUGAGCUCUGGCCAGGUGUUUAGACAAAAGCUCAAAGGUCCUGGGAGAAGAAAAACCCUCCAGCCGGGAAUCUCAAACUCAGAUGGACCUGUCUCACCUACUGCCUACCUGAGAUUUCAGAGGAAGGUGGAGUUUUGUUUCCUAUUCAGAACUGCCUGUCACCACCCCACGGCCACCUCAGGAUGGGAAGGGGGCCUGGGGCCAUGUCAGAAGCUGGCAGCCCCAACCCUGUCUUCCAGGGCUGGGUGGGGAAGGACCUCCCUGUAUAUUUUGUGCUGUAAAGAGUUGCUUUUUGUUUAUUUAAUGCCGUGGGUGAAGAGGAGUGGAAGGAGGCUCUCUGAGCUCUGCCUCCUCUCUUCCUCUUCCACCAAGAAGGAGCUCGCUGACCUUGACCAGCCCCAACCUGGCCUGGCUGGGCCGGAUCUUCCUCUGCCCCCCACCCACCCCCAGAGGCUGCUCGCCAACAUCACACCUUCACACCCUCCCCAACUUCCCACAGGCUCCACUCCACCCACAGAGUUAUAAAAUGGUUUGAUCUGUG